CACUCCCCUCUUCUUUUUAUUUCCUGUCAGUUUGUUUUAUUUCCUGCUGCCAGAAACCAGGAACCGGGACUGAAGUGAGCUGCAGCUCCGAGGAUGAAGCAAAACUAGAUCUGCGAUCGCGUCCCUGAGCUUGUUUUACUGGAUUUAUUCCGCUGUGGAGGAAAAAAGCGACCCGGUGCGCACCGAACCCCUCUCCUCUCCCUCUCCCUCUCCUCUCCUCUCCCCGCUGUCUCUCCAUCGCUCAGCCUGUCCAGCUCUCCUCUAUCUGUGCGCCUGUCCGUGUGUGCUGUGUCCAUGUUUGUAGGUCCGUGUGAUUUGGCUAAAAUGCAUCACCAGCAGCGGAUGGCAGCGUUGGGGACGGACAAGGAGCUGAGCGACCUGCUGGAUUUCAGCGCGAUGCCAAACAACGAUUUGAAAAUGUUCCCAACAUCCAUGAUGUUUUCCCCUCCUGUUAGCAGUGGAAAGAACGGACCCACCUCCCUGGGGAGCGGACAUUUCUCCGGCUCAAAUAUGGAGGAAAGAACAAAUGCAGCAUCAUGGGCGAGUGGAAGUCGUUCCUCUAAGAGCUACGCAGACGGGUCGCAGUACAUGGCGUCACACGACAGCCUCUCGCCUCCGUACUCAAACUCCAGGCUAACAGGUAAAUCGGAGAGGAGUUCGUACUCGUACGGCAGGGAGUCCAACCCACACUGCCAUCAGUCGGUUCUGGGCGGCGAGCUGGGCCUGGGGAGCCCCAGCGCCACGUCGCCCACCAAGCCCGCGGGUCAGUACUACCAGCACUACGGCUCCAACCCGCGGAGGAGAGCGCUGCACAUGGACCCCAUGGGCGAGAAGAUGUUCGGUCACGACCCGGCGCUGCAGACGGCCAAACGGAGGUUCCAGCAGGAAGACGCAGCAGAGGUCCACACAAAGAAGGUGCGGAAGGUCCCUCCCGGCUUGCCGUCCUCGGUUUACGCUCCAUCUGCCAGUACAGCCGACUACAACAGGGACUCGCCUGGUUAUCCCUCCUCCAAACCCCCCAGCGCUGGCUUCCCCAGCUCCUUCUUUAUGCCAGAUGGUCACCACAGCGGAGACCCCUGGAGUAGCAGUAGCAGCAGUAUGACCCAGCAGGGUUACCACAGCGGCAUGUUGGGGGGCGGCAACUCGGCACACGGCCCCGCCCAGAGCUCCUCCUACUGCGGGAUCCACCCUCACGACAGACUGAGCUACCCCUCACACUCAUCCACAGACAUCAAUUCCAGCCUUCCUCCCAUGUCCAGCUUUCACAGAGGAGGAGGAGGAGGCAGCGGAGGCGGAGCCAAUCACUACAGCACCGCCUCCUGCACCGCCCCCACCAACGGCACAGACAGCGUCAUGGCUAACCGAGCACAGAGCGGCGCCGCCAGCAGCUCCCAAACAGGAGACGCCUUAGGGAAAGCACUCGCCUCAAUCUACUCUCCAGAUCACACGAACAACAGCUUCUCAUCCAACCCCUCCACCCCAGUCGGCUCUCCGCCCUCACUCACAGCUGCCAGCUCAGCCGUCUGGUCGAGGAACGGAGGACAGGGAGCGUCAUCGCCAAACUACGAGGCUCCUCUGCACUCACUGCAAAGUCGCAUCGAGGACCGCCUGGAGCGUCUGGACGACGCCAUCCACGUGCUGCGGAGCCACGCCGUGGGGCCGUCGACGGGCAUGACGAGCGGCCACGGCGACAUGCACGGCCUCAUCGGAGCCGCGCACACGCACAACGGCGCCAUGGGGGCUCUGGGCAGCGGCUACGGGACGGGACUGCUGGCGGCCAACAGACACUCGCUCAUGGUGGGCUCCCACAGAGAAGACGGCGGCAGUUUGCGCGGCGGUCACUCCAUGGCGGGCCAGGUGUCGGUGCCUCAGCUGCCCGUCCAGUCGGCCACCUCGCCGGACCUCAGCCAGCCCGACCCGUACCGAGCUCUGUCCGGAGGCCUCCAGGGCCAGAGCACCUCCUCGGUCAGCUCAGAGAUCAAGUCGGAGGACGAGGGAGACGAGAACCUGCUGCAGGACUCCAAGCCGCUGGACUCCAAGAAGGAGGACCUGGACAAGGAGCUCAAAGCAAUUGAGAGGUCAAGAUCUAGCAACAACGACGACGAGGACUUGAGCCCGGAGCAGAAGAUGGAGAGGGAGCGCGAGCGGAGGAUGGCCAACAACGCUCGGGAGCGGCUGCGCGUCCGCGACAUCAACGAGGCGUUCAAGGAGCUGGGCAGGAUGGUGCAGCUGCACCUGAAGAGCGACAAGCCGCAGACCAAGCUGCUGAUCCUGCACCAGGCCGUCGCCGUCAUCCUCAGCCUGGAGCAGCAAGUCCGAGAGAGGAACCUGAACCCCAAGGCGGCCUGCCUGAAGCGCCGCGAAGAGGAGAAGGUCACAUCAGAUGGGACCCCCCUCUCGUUGGCCGCCGCCCACCACGCCGCCGCCGCCGCCAUGGGCGAUGGACCAAACCCCAUGGGACAAAUGUAAACCGCAGCAAACUCUCCUCCCCCUGAAUGGUCCAAGGUGCCAGAGUUCAUCAGGAUGAUGAGUGACCACUUCCUCUGACGGCGUUCACCGACCAAGUGGUUCCUGACCGGCCAGAUCCGCCUUCGUCUCCUCUCUGAUCUGUCGUCUCCGACCCUCCUCUUCGCCAUCACCACCACCUCCUCUUCCUCCUCCUCCUCCUCCUCCUCCUCCCUCAGUCGAGAAAAACGGACUUCAGAGUCGCAUUUUGUCGCUUUUUGUCUCUUUGCAUCUCCAGCUGGAGUGAACUGGACGUCUUAAAGCGACGCCGACGUCUUCGGAAACUCAUGUGUUACAUGUUUUAUCAGCAUUCCCAUGACAAAAGGUUCUAUAUAAAUAUAUAUAGUAAAUAUAUAUAUAUAUAUAUAUAUAUGUUUAUGUAAGAAAACAGAAACAAAAUGUCUAAAAAGUGACGCGGGCAGCGAGGAAGGUUGGGGUUAGGGAGGGAC